AUGUCUGCACGAGGCUCUGCAGCGGCCUUGGGGCUCAGUUCCCAGCCCAGCUGCAGCACUCCGGUGCCUGCACCGAGGAAUUCCCUCCUGGCACAGCCUGUCCCUCCUCCACGGAGCUGCUCCCUUGCCCUGCUCGGCCAGGAGGACAUCGUGGAGAGCUACAGCGGGAACUCCUGCGAGCUGGGGGUGGCUCUGCUGGACUGCAGCUGCUCGGCCCCAGACCCGCAGCUGGUGCGCAGGAUCGUGGCCCAGGUGGAGUUCUACCUGUCCGACGAGAACCUGGCCAAGGACACCUUCCUCCUCAAGCACGUGCAGAAGAACAAGAUGGGCUUUGUCAGCAUCAAGCUGCUGACAUCCUUCAAGAAGGUGAAAUACCUGACCCGGGACUGGCGCCUCACCCUGUACGCCCUCAAGUUCUCGGCGCUGCUGGAGGUGAACAAGGAGGGCACCAAAGUCAGGCGGCGGCUCCCCAUCCCCGAGCACCUGCUGAGCGUCCCCCCCAGCAAGCUGCUGGCCUGGGAGCUGCAGCCGCGGCAGCAGGAGCUGCUGCUGCAGGAGACCUUCCUGGAGACCAUCGCGAGGAUGUUCAGCCCCUUCGGAGCCAUCGCCUCCAUCCGCCUGCUGCGGCCGGGCCGCAAGCUGCCCUCGGACGUGCGCAGGUACUCGGGGCGCUUCCCCGAGCUGCUGAGCCGCUGCUGUGCCCUGGUGGAGUACGAGAGCCUGGAGAGCGCCCACAGAGCCUUCGAGAGCCUCGGGCACCGCGACUGGCACGGCGUCAGGGUGGUGCGGCUGUGCGGGAAGGGGGGGAAGAAGAAAGGCGAGGAGGAGCGGGCGGGCUGGAAGGGACCGGAGGCUGCUCCGAGCUUCCCCCGCAGCCUCGGGGCUUCCCUGGCCAGCAGCUCUCCGGAGUUGGAUGAUGAUGCCUCGGGGUCGCUGUCCCUCCUCCUGAAGCAGGACCUGCUGGCACCGACCUGGCCUGGCGGCGAUUUCACUCCUGGAAAUUCCAGCGCCUUCCCCGGCUCGCUGCUCCCCGGCGGGGGCUGGGACCCGCUCGGGCUGGGCUUGGGCGCCGAGAGCCGCCGGGCACCCUGGGAGCCCCUCGGCCUGUGGGACCGGGUCCUGCGCCUGCCCCACGGCCCCGAGGGCUCCGGCGGCAGCUUCGGGAGAGGAGAACUCGUCCUCCGGCGCUGA